UUCACCGCCUUCCGGGGCCGGGCCGGCGAGGCCGGGCGCUGUGAUGCUGCUGCCGCGGGCGGCGGGCGCGGCGCGGGGCUUGGGCGGAGGUCGGUCGGCGGCGCCGCUGUCCGCGCUGUCGCAGGUGCUGCAGCUGGACCAGAGCCGCCGCACCGCCAUCGUGUUCCCGCUGCAGAAGGUGACGCGCUACCUGGCUCCCGGCGUCGACACGGAGUCGUUCCGCCUCUUCCAGCCCGACCUGGCCGCCCUGCAGCGAGCUGAAGUGUUCUUCAGGUCCGGUCGCGACCACACCAUCGACUACGUGAGCUCCGCUGUCCGCAUGGACCAUGUCCCGCCGUUGACUCUGCCCGAGGUGUGCUUCAUUGGCCGAAGCAACGUGGGGAAAUCAUCUUUAAUCCGGGCCUUGUUUUCACUGUCUCCAGAAGUGGAGGUCAGAGUGUCAAAAACUCCGGGCCACACCAAGAAGAUGAAUUUCUUCAAAGUAGGGAAGUACUUUACUCUGGUGGAUAUGCCAGGGUAUGGCUACCGUGCCCCGCAAGACUUUGUGGAGAUGGUGGAGGCCUAUCUGCAGGAACGGCACAACUUGAAGAGGACUUUUCUAUUAGUUGAUGGUGUGGUAGGACUCCAGAAAACAGAUCAUAUUGGACUAGAGAUGCUGGAAGAGUUUGGGAUUCCUUACGUGAUGGUGUUAACAAAAAUUGACCGAGCUUCCAAGGGACUGUUGUUAAAGAACGUACUGGAGAUCCAGCAGUUUGUAAAGGAGAACACUAAGGGAUGCUUUCCUCAGCUCUUCCUGGUCAGUUCUUUAGAGUUUUCGGGGGUUCACUUGCUAAGAUGUUUUGUAGCCCAUGUAACUGGAAACCUAUCUACCGUGGAAACCAGCUGAAAACACUGGCUUCUGAUCAGCUCAGCUCAUCCAGAACAAAAGGUGCCACGUGACAGCACGCGCUGCUUGUGUGCAUUGAGCUGUCCCUCUUCCAGGAGGAUGAAGGAAAGGACACGUCUUUAACAGCAUCUGUUUUUUGAUCACUGUUGGCUUGAAAUUGAAUGGAAUAAAUGACUGACACCUAGGGGAACUCUCUCCUUAUUUUAUCAUCUGUUGGUGCUGCAUCUGCCCUCUGUUUUAAGUCCAGCGUGAAGUUCUGCAGCUGCCAGAGAUGAGACACGUUGUCUGUUAUCUGCAUCUGUUCUACCCUGACAGCUGAAGCACAAUACUGAUCAUCCCCUGCUCUUCAGGGGGCACUGCAACAGCUGGCAGAACCAUGUCCCACAACAGCAGUGGCACCUGAACCUGUCCAGCUACAAGGCACAGAAUCAGACAAAAGGACCAACAUCAGUAGCAGCAGUUGUACAGGAGAACUUAGCUCAAAGCUAGUAAGUGCCUAUGUCCAGCUCUGCCACUUGGCCCUGUCAUGGCUUACCAUUGCCAAUUGGAGAUAUGAAGUUGACAAAAUUACUUACAUUAAGGGAUUAAACCUCAAGAAAGGGCAGUUCUUUUGUAACCCACACUAAAGGUGAGAAGGUGAUGUUUCUACUGCUCUCUUAAUUAUGGAACUUCUUGUAACUCUCAGACUAGACAUGAGGUAAGGUCCAUUUUCAGCCUAUAUGUUAGAAGUAGGGGACAUGAAGAAUGCAGAAGUAGAUAUCUUAGCAGAGAUCAAAUCUAUAAUUCUCUUCAUAUUUUACCACUAAUCCCAUAACAGUCCAGCACAAACCAGCCCAUGGGAUGCUUGAUCCUAGAGGAAAGUACAGCAGUAUCUAGACGGAUGGAAGAGACACAAGUGAACACCUCAGGAAUAAUCUGUUCUUGGUGUCUUAAAACCAGGAUCUUCCAAAAGCAUCAGUCUUUCCAAGGCUGUAAUUUUGAAAGCCACAGCCUUGGCUGAAGAGCCUCAGAAAAUAAGCCUGUAUAUGUAGAAAAGUGCUGUUCUGUUUUCAGUCCCUCUUUGGAACAAAACCCCUUAUAGUGCUAAGAACUCUGUUAUUAACCACUGAAAUACAUUAAGUAUGUCUGGUGAAACCAUUUGUAUAAAAAGUUCUUUGAAAUGUCA